AAGAAGAAGAAGAAGAAGAAGAAGAAGAAGAAGAAGAAGAAGAAGAAGAAGAAGAAGAAGAAGAAGAAGAAGAAGAAGAAGACUCAUAACUGAUUUGCAAAGAUCGAAGAUGGAUACGUUUUUGUUGUUAUCUUUUAUCCAUCAAUUUUUUGAGAUGGAGGACGAGGUAGAGCGGGAGUAUCGUCGGCGUCUGUCUGCUCGGAGGAGGAGGAUGUACUGUCGGCGCCUUUGCAGAGGACGACCUGCUCGGGCCCAUCAUUACUGCAUAAUUAAUGCCACCGUGCCAGUCCUCCAGAGGUAUUUUGCAGACGAGGACACCCGCCCUGACUUUCGGCUGGGCAGGGAGGCCAUCCAGCAGCUCCUAGUGGCGCUGAAGACGGAGAGGCAACAUGGAUGGGGGCCAACUCUGGAGACCCUUGUUUUUUUGUUUUGGAUUGCCAGUGGCUCCGCUUACAGAGUGGUCUCCCGUGCGUUCGAUGUGCCUCUGCCGUCCGUUCACCGCAUUGUCCACAGGAUGGUGGAUGAGGUGGUGGCCGUCUUGCCCCAGUUUGUCCGUCUCCCAUGUGUUGAGGACUUGCAGGUGGUUGGUGAGGGUUUUGCCCGGUUGGCUCACCACCAAGCCUUUAGCAAGGCAGCUGGGGCAAUUGACGACUGCCACAUCCGAAUCAAAUGCCCAGGUGGCCCUGAUGGUCAAGACUUCUGCAAUAGGAAGCUGUUCCCUUCAGUUGUGUUGCAGGCCGUCUGUGACCAUCAGGGACGCUUUAUUGACAUUUUUGUGGGUUACCCAGGAUCCGUGGAUGAUGCAGGGAUUCUUAAGAACAGCCCCAUCUACACUAGGGGGACUUACCCUCCCCCAGGGUAUUUCAUCCUAGCUGAUGGUGGCUCCCCAUGUCUGCAGGAACCCAUGGCCCUUAUCACACCAUAUAAGAGGCCAGUGAGAGGCAUGGCAGAACAACGGUUUAAUUACCAUCACUCCAGGGGUCGCUCAAUCAUUGAGCGGGCCUUUGGGGUGCUGAAAACCCGCUUCAGGAGCAUCUUUUUAGAAGCACUUGAAGUACAUCCUAAGUUUGUCCCUAAGGUUGUGACAGCCUGUGUAAUUUUACACAAUAUAUGUGUCGGGGUUGGGGAUGACCUACCUCCAGAAGAUGCCGCCCUGGAGGAGGUCAACCAGCCACCUGCUGCGCAUGAAGGUGGUGGGGAGAGUGAGAGGGGAGCAGCAUGGCGUGCGGCCCUUGUCAACGAGGUGUCCGCACUUGCUGUUGCUCCACUGGACUAUGACUAUUUUGCACAGCCUUGAAAAAGUCCUGGAGGAUAAGCAGCCAUAAGAAAAUCACCAUCACCAAUUCUGCCUACAGGUGGGAGAUGGACCACCUGGUGACCUGGUGCAGGGACAACCACCUCAACGCUCUCAAGACAGUGGAGAUGGUUGUGGACUUUAGGAAGAACGCAGCCCCACCACUCUGUGUGACUCCCCAGUAACUGCUGUGGAGUCUUUCCGCUUCCUGGGCACCAUCAUCGCCUAGGAGCUCAAAUUGGAGCAGAACAUCGGCUCCCUCAUCAAAAAAGCCCAGCAGAGGAUGUUCUUCCUGAGGCAGCUGAAGAAAUUCAACCUGCCAAAGACAAUGAUGGUGAAUUUCUUCACCUCCAUCGAGUCCAUCCUCACCUCCUCCAUCACCAUCUGGUAUGCCACAGCCAAGGAUAAGGGCAGGCUGCAGCGUGUCAUUCGCUCUGCAGAGAAGGUGAUCGGCUGUAAUCUGCCAUCCCUCCACGCCUCCAGGACCCUGAGGCGGGGAUAGUGGCCGACCCCUCCCACCCUGGACACAAACUGUUCACCCCCCGCCCCUCUGGCAGGAGGCUGCGCUCCAUCAGGACCAAAACCUCUCGCCACCUGAACAGUUCUUCCCCUCCGCUACCGGCCUCUCAAACAAGGCCCGGCCCCCCCACCGACACUUUGCCUCAGCCAUAACGCAGACUCUAUAUGCAUUACAUUAAUGCACACAAUGUUCAAAUAUUACUUACUGCACACAUUUCAUAUUCUAUAAUUCACUGCAUUCUAUUUCACUGUAAAUUACUGCUUUACUUUAUUGCUAUCCAUCUAUAUUUUUUUACAGUGUUCUUAAUAUAGUUAGCUGUGUACUUUGUUACAUUCGUUUUAUAUUUGAUGUAUGCACCAUGACAUCAAGUCAAAUUCCUUGUACGUGUGAACCUACCUGGCAAUAACCCCCGUUUCUGAUUCUGAAUAAUACAAUUUGUAUUCAUAUAUCAUA